AUGUCGACACCGAUAGCAUCGGCUCUCGACACUGAGCUGCAACAGUAUACGUACCUCAGCAACAAGCAGCACUCCGACAUCACUAUCGUCCUCACCGACCGUGAGAUCCAUGCUCACCGGUUCGUGCUCGUCCUUUCAUCGAAGUUCUUCAAGGCGGCGCUGGAGGGCCAGAAAGCAAGCUCGAAAAUCUUCAACAUGCCCGACGACGAUCCAGAAGCGGUGGUAGGUAUGCUCAGCUACUUUUACGGUCUCGAUCCGCACAGUUCGAUGGGAGGGCCCGGUGGCUACCUCAACCUCAAACUAUUGGCCAUAGCGGGCAAGUACGAUGUCCUCGGCCUGCUCGAAGACGCGCGGGAUCGUGUGCAGCGAUUCUUGUUUUAUCGCGUACUGGAGCCAGACUUCAACUCAGUGGUAGAAGAUGUCUUUGAGAACGAGAUGGACCACGGCGGAGGGUCGCGCAGAUAA